CAACUCUUGAAGCCUUUUGUCGACCAUCGCGAUGAGGAGUUGUUGGCUACAAAGGCGCAGAAACUGCACCUAGCUGGAGCUGUUCCCAUUCCAGGCAUGACUGGUGUCGGCAACUUUUCUGCCGCCUCUCCACAGCAAGCUGCUCUUGCUGAUAAUGGCACUGGCCGUCGGUGCGCCCCCAACGACUCAGUAGGCAGUUCCCUUCCUCCCACAAACACGGUUGUCGUUCACGUUAGCCCUAAGCGACAAUCGCCGCAGUCGCUAAAUGGUUUGAACGAGUCAGUGACUGUCGUUCGUUCGCCACCUACCGUCUAUUCCGAGUGUUACGAGGACAAGGAUGGGAAGAAAAUAAAAAAGACAACGAAGCAUACUCAAGUAAUCACAACAAAAACCUUCCGAGAACGUUAUGCGACCCCACUGGAGGAGGAGUCCGACAUCCCGAGCGAACAUGACAUUGCCCUGGAGCGUGCCAUCCAGAUGACUACCCGUCUGGAUCCGGAUCUUUUUGUGGUCACCUCCCGCGUGGGCUCCGACCACAGCCACUAUCCUCCCUCCUCCAAUGCUGGCCGGCGUACUAGCGGCGGCAACACUCGAAAUCCUGCUGCUUACAUAUCCAGUUAA